AUGGUUAAAAGUCCUAGAAAAUUUAUGAAUCCAUUUAGUAAAUGGAUUUCCGAUACCAAUCGCCGUUUCAUUGUGUUAAUGAUUCUUCUUCUUGCUUUUAUCAUAUUAUUCUCUUUUCUUUUCGACGUUCCUUUUCAGAAAGUUAAGAAUAGCUUUCUCAGCAACAUUACUUCAUCUUCACCUUCCAAAGAUGAAUUGUUACGAUCGAAAAUUGCAGUGUGUUUGGUAGGUGGUGCUAGGAGGUUCGAAUUAACCGGACCUUCCAUAAUGGAUAUGAUACUGAAGGAGUACCCUAAUUCUGAUCUUUUUUUGCAUAGUCCAUUAGAUUCAGAUGCAUUCAAAUUCUCGUUGCUGAAAUCUGCUCCGAAAAUCGCCGCCGUAAAUAUAUUUCAGCCUCAACCGUUGCCGGAGAAUGAAACUUUUGUUCGAGUUCUAUCAGCUCAAAACUCGCCUAACGGAAUCCAGGGGCUUAUUCAAUACUUUGACCUGGUGGAAGGGUGCAUAACAAUGAUAAAAUCACACCAAGUAAAAAACAACAUCAAGUACGAUUGGAUAAUCAGAACACGUGUAGACGGGUACUGGAACGCCCCACUCGGUCCAGAAAAUUUCGUUCCGGGUCAAUACCUGGUCCCAUCCGGUUCAUCCUAUGGUGGACUCAACGACCGGUUCGGUAUAGGCGACCUAACAACCUCAACAACAGCAUUAUCUCGUCUCUCUCUCAUUCCCAAACUAGAUUCCGCUGGAUUCUCAAAUCUCAAUUCAGAAUCAGCCUUCAAAGCGCAACUCACAACUCAGAAAGUAAGCUACCAAACAAAACGACUCCCAUUUUGCAUAGUUUCGGACCGGAAGUACGAUUUUCCACCAACCCGGUUCGGUGUACCGGUUGCCUCAUUUUCGAGCCGCGGUCCGUUAAGUGGAACUAAGUGUAGACCGUGUAAACCGGUUUGUGUAGGUGUGUGCGUGGAGUAUGUGAUGAAGUGGGUUGAGAAGGGAUGGAGUUGGACCGAUUGGGCCGAUGGGUCACUCGAGCUGUGUAAUGCUGAGGAAAGUUGGGAAGAUGGUUGGGAGAAGGUUUUUGAUAAAGUUGCUGGAAAGAAAUUUGGUGAUGUUAGGAAGAAAAUUCACUCUAUGAAAUUUGAUGAUUGCGUUCGUGAUUUUCUUCAGUUGAAAAAUCUUACUGCUCAAUGGAAUGCUCCUCCCAUUGAAGAAAUUUGUGCUUUGGGGUUAACACAUUCUUGA